AUGGCGGACGAGCAUAAAAAUGAUGAGACAAAAAGACACGAAGCAGACUAUAGAGAAUGGAUUAAAGAAUGGGACAUUUGGCAAUUCAGGGAACUGAUAAGAAGCAAGAAAGAGGAGAGGCAAGAUACAAAGAAGCAUGAUACAAAGCCGAUUCUGCAUACGCCAGAAGUGACACAUCAUGCAAACCUUUUGAAAACUCCAUCUCAAAGAAUUUUUGCAGAAUUAUAUGGAAUUAAUAAGUAUCAGGAAAGAGAUAAAUUCAAGGAUGGAGAUCCAGUGAAUGAUGAAGAAGCAUUGAAGAAAGAUAAUGUUUCAAUGGAAGAAUUGGUGAAUAUCAUCAACGAACAAAAGAAGGAACAAAAAUUUCCUAAGGUUAAGGAAUUAGCAGAGAUUUUCAUGAUGGCUGGAGAAGAAAUGGAAUGGGAGAAGAUCAAAAAUCAGAUGAAGGUGGAAGAGGCAACAAUGAAGAUUAAAUCUCUAGAAUCCGUGAUUAAGCUUCGAGAAAAAUUGAUUAAAGAGGCAGAAACAUGA